AUGGUAGAAGGCGAAAGUUUUUGGAGAAAUUUUGUAUUUUACAUUGAUCCAAUAACAAAACAUCAACGACCAACAUUUUAUUUUGUUUGGCUUAUUGGAAGUAUUUUUAUGGCUAUAAUCAUUUUACCAUUGUAUAUUUAUCUAAUAAUUCGUCGAUCAAACAUUCAAAUUAAAACUGCAACUAAUAUUAAGUAUACCUUACUUGAUUUUAAAAAAAUACAACCUGGUGUAAAACUAAAAGGUUGGCAAGAAAUAUCAAAUGGCACAAAAUCAUAUAUUAGUAUUAAAGAUGGCGAAAUUGACAAAAAGCAUAUAGCUAAAGUUUACAGACCAAGUAUCAGUGAAUCUGAUACAAGCAGUAAAACAGCAUCGAUGGCUAGUUUACAUACAAUGAAAAGCUCACAUAGUUCAAGAUCAGUUAAAUCAGUAUCGAUGAGUCCAAUUGUCAGCGGCAGUAACACAGAUGAUAGCAGUAAACCUACAAUUAAUUCGAUUACUGGAAGUGAAUCAACUAAAAAUUUCAAACAACACACCGAUCCUAAUAUAGUUUGA